AUGCCACUACGAGAUUUCGAUGGUGAAGCUUUCGUUAGUGACUCAAGGUUCCGACUAAUGUCAUUUUCAAAAGUCUGCUUUGGGGAAAGCCACUUCUUCCAGGUCUACCCAACAACUCUGCGAGCAGUCGGCCUUGGCGCUUCUUCAGCUAUGGCACGAAUCGGCGCCAUAGUGACGCCCUUCGUAGCACAGGUAGCGUCGGGAAAAUCAUUGUCGCUCCCUAUAGGAAUUUACGGAACCACGUCAUUGUUGGGACUUAUUGCUUCCUUAUCGCUUCCCAUAGAAACGAGAGGGAGGAAGAUGCAGGUUUGAGA